AGUUACCAUGGCCACGGAGCUAGACAUACCAAUGACUCAUUUCUGAAUCACUCCAGGGUGAACCCGGCCCAAGCCACGAAGAAACUGUACCGCAAUCUGAAGCGAAUGUGUGUGCGCAUAUAUGGGGAUGCCCCACGGCUCAUUGUAAAUGGGCACAUGGACGCUACAUUCACCUACAUACCGUCCCACUUGGGUAAGUGA